AUGCUUGCGACAAAGUACGAGCUAUGGUGCUUCGUAGCCUACGCAUCACUGUGGCUCACCAAGGGCUAUGCCCUGCCCGCCCCGGCCGGGAGAGAUGAAAGGCCCGUAUCACCACGGGCCGGCUUCGCCAACGGCAUACCCCUUCGCAUCAUGCCCCUCGGCGCCUCCAUCACCUACGGCCUGAAAUCGUCAGACGGCAACGGCUACCGCUUGGCGCUGCGCGACUCGAUCACGGCCCACGGCAACGAGGUCAACAUGGUCGGCACGCACCCCAACGGCACGAUGCAGGACAACCAGAACGAGGGCUGGCCCGGAUAUGUCAUCGAUCAGGUGCACGACAAGGCGGACACGGCAGUGCCCGCCGAGAAGCCGAAUCUGGUGCUCAUCAAUGCCGGCACCAACGACUGCUUACAGGACGACGACGUGGCCGGCGCCGGUGACCGCAUGAAGAGCAUGAUCAACGACAUCUACACGGACUCGCCGCAAGCGACGGUUAUCUUAUCCACGCUGCUCGUGAACGCCGACGCGGCCACGCAGACGCGCAUCGUCAAUAGCUUCAACCCGCAGAUGAGCAGCCUUGCCAACUCAUUACAGGGCGCUGGGAAGCGCAUUGUGCUGGUCGACAUGCAGUCGUCUGCUGGACCGACGCUGGACGAGCUCGUUGACGGCACCCAUCCCGACGACGCCGGGUACAAGAAGAUGGCGAAUAUCUGGUACGCUGGGAUCCAGCAGGCGGAUAGUAAGGGUUUUCUGGUCCAGGCUCAGGCUGUGGCCGGUAUCCCGGAUGAUGGCGACUCUUGA